AUGUUCUGUUUUACCCUGCUUGCUUUGCUCUGUUGCGGCAUCUUCGUCACUUCAGGAAACGCUCAGCCACGGUCUUCUUCAUAUUCUGGAGAAUAUGGUGGGGGCGGAGGGAAGCGAUUCUCGCACUCUGGAAACCAACUGGAUGGGCCCAUAACAGCCAUCAGGGUUCGAGUUAACCGCUUAUAUAUUGUGGGCCUCCAGGUCAGAUACGGGAAGGAGUGGAGCAACUACGUAGGUGGUAGUUCAGGCGACCUGGAGGAAAUCUUUUUACACCCAGGAGAGUCCAUCACCCAGGCAACUGGAAAAUACAAGUACUACCUCCGCAGACUUGUGUUCAUCACUGACAAGCAUCGCUACUUCCAAUUUGGAAAGGACACAGGCACCAGUUUUAAUGCCGCUCCACUCUUCCCGGGCACUAUCUUGCGUUACUUCAGUGGCAGAUCCGGUUCUGUCAUUGAUGCCAUCGGAUUCCACUGGGACAACUAUCCACACAGUUGCCCCAACUGUGGAAAGUGAGAGAUGCAAAUAGGGAGGAGCAAGUAGUUCGAUCAAUGGGGCACUUCAAAAUCUGUCCUUCCACCCCUUUUUCUGGGAUUAAUCUAUCCUUCAUUCACAAACCAGGUGGGUCUUUCAGCCACCUGAAGAUCCAAUAAUUCUUCUGCCAGGUGGGUCCUCUGCCACCUAUUUAAACAUUUCCAGCUUUUCUCCCCCUUCCAUCCAGCUGUCUGUGCCUUCUCUGCUCUUCCAUCCACGUAGACAAGCUUUCUCCAGUCACUCAACAAUCUACCCGUCAUCUCUUCCGACACAUUUUCUGUCUCUCGUUUGUUUAUCAGUUAAACCAGCCCACCAGCCGUCUCCCUCAGCCGUCCCCCAUUGCUUUACUGCUUCCAAUCCAUUGAAAUUACGAGCAUCACCAAUGAUG